AUGGGUCGUAUGCCUCACGUAUACCUGAUCAGACACGGUCAGACUGAAUGGUCUGUCAACGGGACUUCGGACAUUCCCCUGACCGAGCAGGGUAUCGAGACUAUGAAGCGGACUGCGGAUCUGGUCGUCCCCGGUAAGCUACCCUCUACCGGUCCUUAUGUUAUCGACCCGAGCAACGUAGCUCAUAUCUACGUCUCACCGCGUCAACGAGCGCAGAAGACGGCCGAGCUUACGACCGAAGAGAUCGCCGAAUGGGACUACGGCGCGUACGAGGGGCUCAUCACCAAGGAGAUCAAGGAGAAGAAGAAGGACUGGUGGAUCUGGACCGACGGGUGUCCUCCUAGCGAGAAAGAGGGGGGACCGGCAGGAGAGAGUCCGGAGGAGAUGGAGAAGCGGGUGGACGGGUUUAUCGCAAAGAUCCGGGCUAGGCAUAGAGAGUGCUACGAAAAGGGAGAAGACGCCAAAGACAUCGUCGUCGUCUCGCACGGCCACUUUUCCCGGUGCUUCAUCGUCCGUUGGUGCGGAUGGCCCUUGGAGACGGGUUAUCACAUCUCGGCGGAUGCUGGAGCGUUGUCGAUCUUGGGGUACCAACAUCAUAAUCUGGACGAGCCGAGUUUGAUCGCGCUGAACUGGUUCUCGGCCGAUCGGGCUUGA